UUAUCCCUUCCUAAGCCGCUUUAUUUCACUUUGCCCUGAUUGCAAAGGCAUAUAAUUUGCCUCCCUGCGAACUUGCUUGAAUUUCGCUUCCAACAGAGCUGCGAAUAGAACUUUCCGAAAUCAUGGGCAAUUUCAGUGGCCACAUAGAAGAUCAGAACAUGGAGGGCUUACCUCUUCUUCGUGAGGUAACGAAGAUGAUCCUCGAAUCUGACAUCAUCGAGGAUCCCAAAAUUGUGAUGGCUAAGCAUAAAGUCGCGGAAUUUAAGCAUCCUAAGGAGCUAGAGGAAAUUUUUGAUUUACGAAUUGAAGAUGAACCAGCUAAGCAUGAAGAUAUGGUCAAACUGUGCCAGGAUGUUCUUAGAUAUAGUGUCAAAACAUGUCACCCGAUGUUUGUGAGCCGACUCUACCAAGGCGUCGAUGGUUACGGAUUGGCAGGGGCGUGGCUUACAGAAGCUUUGAAUACCAACCAGACAACUUACGAGGUGGCACCAGUUUUUGUGUUGUUGGAGAAAGCUCUGCUGGAAGGUAUGAUCAAACUUGUGGGAUGGAAGGAAGGAGAAGGUAUCUUCUGUCCAGGAGGAUCUAUGGCAAACAUGUACGGAAUGUCCUUGGGGCGUUUUCAUGUCAAUCCUUCUGUUAAAACCAAAGGAAUAAGAGAUUUGCCUCCUUUGGUUGGUUUCAUUUCAGAAGAAGCUCAUUACUCUUUGAAGAAGGGUGCUCUGUUUUUAGGCUUGGGUACUGACAGCAUCGUUGUUAUUCCUACUGAUUCUCAAGGACGUAUGCUCCCGGAUGAGUUGGAAAAAGCCGUAUUAAAAGCUAAAAGUGAGGGCAAAGUGCCGUUCUUCGUCUGUGCCACUUCUGGUACUACAGUACUAGGAGCUUACGAUCCACUAAAACCACUAACUGAAGUCUGCAGAAGACAUAACAUGUGGUUCCAUGUCGAUGGUGCUUGGGGUGGUGCUACUAUCUUUUCUCGGACCCAUAGACGCCUCAUGGAUGGAGUCGACAAAGUGGACUCAAUUACGAUUGAUCUACAUAAGAUGUCCGGGGUACCAUUUCAAUGCACAGUGUUCCUGACUCGACAUAAGGGUAUUUUAUACAAAUGUAAUGCACUGCAUGCUGAAUAUCUCUUCCAACCUGACACAUAUUAUGAUACCCACUAUGACUUGGGUGAUGAAAGCAUCCAGUGUAGCCGAAAGGUAGACUGCUUAAAAUUAUGGAUUGCUUGGAAAGCCAGAGGUAGCCUAGGUUUAGAGAAACAAGUGGAUACGGCAUUUGCAAUGGCCAAGUAUUUGGAGGAAAAAGUGAGAUCUACUGAAGGCUUCAUUCCCGUGCUGCCAGAGUUUGAAUGCACGAACAUCUGCUUUUGGUACGUUCCACCUAGUCUCCGUGGUAAAGAAAAGGAUCCAGAUUUCUGGGAGAAAAUCGCUAAGGUCGCACCUAUGAUCAAAGGUCGGGCUGUGAAGGAAGGAACGAUGAUGAUUAGUUACCAGCCCCUUAAAUCGAGAAAUUGGGUCAAUUUCUUCCGUGUGAUUGUUCACUGCAUUCCAACAUUAUCGGAGGAAUAUAUGGAUAACAUAAUUACUCAAGUCCAGAAGUAUGGGCAAGAUCUGUAAAAUAGAAUGCAACUUAUACUGGUUGCUUGUAUAAGUUUUGGAUCUAUUCCUCUAGAUCCAAUCCAUAAUUUAUGAAAAAAGUAUCAUGGUUUGCUUUACAUUGAUUUAUCUCUAGAGACUGAUAUAUGUGGUAUAUUAAUGCAUUGAUACUUUUAUGAUUCUCAGUGAUACUUUUGACUGCCGGAUUCAUUUUGUUUCCUAUUACAGUUUAUUACAAAAUUGAAAUGUUUGUUAUUUUACGUUAAAAUUGUUCUAGCACUUAAAUAUAGUACUUUGUUUUCUGUGAUAGAAGAAAAUAUUUUAUUUCCUCUAGAAUAACGUUAUCGUUUUGAUAUGUCUAAUUGUUACACUUUUGUCCAUUUAUUCUGAAAUGUUUAUCCCCUAAUUGUAACGUAUUAAAACGAGCUUUUAUAGUAAAUCUCAAUGAACAAAUAGAAUUUUAGUGCGCUUCCAAUUACUAUGUUUAGACGUUAUGGAACUUACUGUGGGAUGUUCUCUGUAGUCUAGGUAAUGUAGAAUGUGUGGUCAUUUUCAGGAUUGUUCAUAUGCUGAAAAGAAGUAAUUAAAUCAGUGCGCGAGUAUUUAUGUCUGUAUUUAUAUCGUAUAGAAUAGUGUUUUGUAAAUUCAGACUCGGAGAAACAUAAUCUAAUAAAUCCAGCUCUUCCAUUGUGAAUAUUUUGACCUCUCUGCUUUUGGUGUAAUUUGUGCGACUUUUAUUUUGGUUUUCCUGUAGAUAAGAGCAUGCCGUGCAUAUGUAUGUAUGUAUGCAUGCUUGUAAGUAUGUAUGCCCGCAUGUAUCAACAUAGGUUUUACAUACAUUGUACAUAUAUAUCGACAGAUACAUAGUAUGUAUAUAUGUAUGAUGUAUGUAGUUCUAUGUUUAUAUCUCUUAUGUGUGUGUGUGUGUGCCUGUCUGUCGCGUUAACCAAAUGUUAAAUUAAAUCAUUAUACACUCCGUUUUCAAAUAUGGAAAUAAAAUUAACACUAUUUACUAUUUUUAGGUGAUUUGAAAUUGUGUUCAUUUCCUUGAUUUUAUUGAGUAUGUUUAGCACUUGAAAAUAUAUAUGCAGAGAUUAUUUCUUUUGUACUUUAAUUAUAUUAAGAAAAUCAAGAGAGUUAGAAGCUUUCUUAUACUGAUGUUUUAGCAUGUAGAGUGUGUAGUUUCUGUGAGCUUUAAAAAUAAAUAACUGCAGUAUAAUAUUCUUUAUCGUACUGAAGAUCUUUGACGUUAUAGCUUCAGAAAAUAUCUGUUCUGAAUUCUGCUAUCUCUUGCUCUUUAUACGUUCUGAGUAUUUUAUGUCUUAUCUGUCAUACCUAGGCUUUUAUGUAUGAUUCAUACAGUUUUCAAACAUAUAUGCAUAAGCAGAGAGACAGAAAAGUAAAAUCGCCCCUCUCCUGUAAUAAAUUUUUCUCUAAUAAUUUCAUUAACAGUAUGCUUUAUAAAUUAGCACUUUUGAAGCUUUAAACUUAGGCUUCAUAGAAACGAGAAUCAGAGCUUCGUGGAAGUUUUAGCAUGUGCUCAUUGCAAAUAACCUCUCCCCUUUUUUAAUGGGCAUUCUUAUGUAUACUUUGUCUCUUAUAUUUAAGCGUAUUUUGUGUAGUAUAGAAUUGUGUGUAUUUCAACAACUAUCAUAUAACUGUUUAUAUAAACAUGUAACGAUGUAUCAUAUGUGUUCAUUUCAUUAAUAAAAGUAUUUGUUUCUGUCCAUA